AUGGGAGGAGAUGGAGGCGGAAGAGGAUCUUUAGGAGGGGAUGAGGGAGGGGGUCGCCUCGCGAGAGAGGAGGAGGGAGAGGGAGUCGCGGUUAAGAGUGACGGGCAGUUUGAGGGCUUGAAGUUGAUACCCAAUCCGCCGGAUUUGGAGUGUUGGCGGCAGAGGUUGUUUGCGGUUGAUGAGAUGGUUUUGUUGAGUGAGGAGCAGUUCCAGACAUACUUCCCCCACGUCGACAACGUCUACUCCCACCGCUCUACGCAGGGCUACAAGCGCAAGCCUUUUGUGUCUCAUUACUGGGACUGCCGUCUAAAAGGCCGCCCACCUGGUACAAAGAAGUCUACAGACCCGGAGAAGAAGAAAAGGAAGCGAGUUGCGCGCGAGCGCGAUUUGUGUGAUGUGAAGAUUAAGAUCACGGAGUACCUACCCGGAACGAUCCCGAGCGAGUUGUUUACUCCAACGCCUAAUUCGAAUGGCGGAACUUCUGUACAGGCCCCAACGCAGCAGCAGCUAGAUGCGCUCAACGCGGGCGGUUUCUAUGCUCAACAGGGCGCAGCGGGGGAGCCGUGGGGGAUGGGCAGCCUGGGUAUGGGGCCGUGUCAGGGGAAGUGGUAUACAAUUCAGCGCGUGAAUGGAAAUGGGAGGAACGGGAAAAGUGUCGGGCCAUGGGUUGCUGGACCGCACAAGCAUACGCUCGAGGAGAGUGAUCGGGUGAAAAAGAACAGUGUGGUCAGACAUUUCAUGAAGAAUGAGAGGGACAAGAAGAAAGGCGGCGAUCCGCAAAAGAAGACCUACCACAAGAAGGCCACCGGCAAAGCCUAUGCGACUGUGAAGGCCCAUAGCAAAGAGGAAGAUCUUAAGCUAUAUGGAAGCUGUUUCUGUCCCUUCGUUCAACGCGUCUGGAUAUCCCUGGAAUUGAAAGGCAUCCCAUAUCAAUAUAUUGAAGUCGACCCUUACAAGAAGCCGCAGAGUUUGCUAGAUGUCAAUCCGCGCGGUUUGGUACCAGCCCUGAGGCAUGGGCCGACGUGGUCGUGUCACGAGUCGACUGUAUUGAUGGAAUAUCUCGAAGAACUACAACAAGGCCCACCUUUGCUGCCCGCAGAUCCUCAAAUGCGGGCAACGUGUCGACUCUGGAGCGAUCACAUAAACCGCCACCUUAUCCCCUCCUUCUACCGCCUCCUCCAAUCCCAAGACCCUUCGCACCACCCGUCCCUCGCCUCAGAACUCUCCGCCCACAUCAGCACCAUCGUCUCGGCGGCCGAAUCCCUCUCCGUCGGCCCCUUUUUCCUCGGCAACACCAUCGGCUUCGUAGACGUGCAGAUGGCGCCGUGGGUGAUCCGCCUUAGCCGCGUGCUGAAACCGUAUCGCGCAUGGCCCGAGCCGGAGGAGGGGACGAGGUGGAAAGCGUGGGUUAGCGCGAUCGAGAAUGAGGGCAGCGUGGAGAGGACGACUAGUACCGAGGAGCUCUAUCUGGAUAGCUAUGAGCGGUAUGCGGAGAAUAGGCCGGAUACGAGUCAGUUAGCCAAUGCGGUUAAUUCGGGGAGGGGUCUGCCUUGA